UCGAACCCUGAACAAUGUACAUUGUUAAUGGGACUUGAAUACAUGUAGUUCACUGCACCGUGACCCCCGAUGAACCGCAGACGUGCAAACACGCGUGCGAUAAAAUGACCAGAAAACUUAAAUAGCGCCAUCUUGUGUCUCUGAUUAAGAUAAUAGCCCAAAAAAUGUAAUGUAGCCCAAUAGCUGGAACUUUCGCCUUCGACAAACGUGAACAUUGUACGUUUUAAAGCACGGUUAGAGGCUAAUAUUACGCCUAAAUAUGGCAGCUUCCUUCUUUUGAUAUUUGUUAACACUAACAGUGAAGUUGUGAUGUGGUGAUCAAACGGCUGGGAGAGACUCUAUUUCGUCUUUUACCAUUAAAGCCUCAGUGACAGCAUGGCUGACAGAUUCGACGAUCGCAUCCUCGGGGAGAAGGACCAGUACUAUUACAGCAGUGACGAGGAAGACACGGAUGAUGGCAACGGCAGCGGCGACGAGGGAGCAAAGACAGUCAGGGGACCUGCCGAGGACCCGUCAGAAAUGGAAGAGUUCAAGGGAGGCGCUGCAACACACACGGGUCCCAAAGGCGUCAUUGAAGACUGGAGACGGUUCAAGCAGCUGGAGACAGAGAAGAAGCAAGAGCAGGAGGCAGAGAGGAUGGCUCUUGCCAAGCAUCUCGCCAUGACCUGCCGAUCUUACUAUUCACAGGUUGGCAAAGAGUUGUGGCUUGUGUACAUGCCAACAUUGUGCGUAAGGCCGGUGUUUGGGAAAGUUAUCAACCUGACCAAGCAGAACUUUGUAGAGGCCAUCGACAAGGAGAACAAAAAUGUGUCUGUUGUGAUCCACAUUGGAGAUCCGGCAGUGCUGGCCUGUGAAGCCAUGGACGGUUGCCUACACUGUCUUGCCCAGGAGUACCCCCACGUCAAGUUCUGUUCUGUCUAUGCGGCAGACGUCAACCUCAGCCAGAACUUUAUUCAAAACGGCUUACCAGCUUUACAGAUUUACAAGAGUGGAACGCUGAUUGGAAACUUUGUCAGGUUAUCGGACCAACUUGGGGAAGACUUCUAUGCUGGUGACCUGGAGACUUUUUUGCAAGAGCACAGCCACCUUCCGAGCAAGGAGGAGCAGCUCCUUGUCCGAGGUCCCCACCAGGAGGACAGUGAUGACAGCGACCUGGAACUGGACUGACGAGGCCUUGCCGGGGGUAUGGGUGCUGCCAGAUAUGGCUGACACACGGCAGCCUGUUACAGCUUUUAGGUUGGCCCAACUGGCCUUAACAGAGUGGACAUUUUUAAUUUGCCCAGUUAUGGCUCAGGAUUGCCUGUAAAUGCAGUUUUAAUAUGGGCCUACCGGUACAGUGGAGGUCCUUGCCAUUGAAAUGUGGGAAUAUUCAAGAAUUCCAACCAACCUCUGCCCCCAGAUAUCGCAGAUAUUUUGGGCAGCUUAUUACGACCUUUAGAUUAGCCCAGUUGGCACAAAUGACCUCCCUUUUUUUUAUUUCACUGGAAUACAGCUCAGGAUGGCCUGUGCAUGUAUGUGCAGUUUCAAUAUGGGCCUACUAGGUAUGUCCUAACUGGAUGACGGUCUCAUUGGACGGCAUUUUAUUAGGUCAGCCACAGCAGGUGGUGUUGAUUACAAACGGCUCAUUCCCGAUUCCGGCCGUGUUUUUGUGAUUUCCACCAUGAAGAGGUUCCUCAUUGUGUUUGCGUGCUCUGUAACCACAGAUGCACUUUACGAGAUGUCACCGAGUGGCUGGUGCAUAUUUGUUUAAAGUUAAGUUGUCUUUGCUUCUUGGAAAGAAAAAUCUCUGGAAGCACCAAUGAUACUGCACUUGCUAUCAGUGUAAUUGGGUUUGUACUGCUAAGCGUCUUUUGCCAAUAUUCUUGCAAUUUGUGCUUAAAUGGUUUUCACGUAUUUUGAACAAGUUGAAGGCCUCUUUCCGUUUUCAAUAUUGAAAAAAGAAGAGGCCUUUUAUUUGUUUAGAAUACAGAAAAAAAAAUUUUUAGCACAAAUUUCAUGAAUAAGUGCAAAAACAGUGCACAUUAGUUCACUUUGUUACUAUUAUGUGUUAAAUGUGGUCAAGCAUUCCUCUUGGCUUAUUUAUAAUGGCAGAUUACAACUCGUAUCAAAAGUUGACCCCCAAAAUAGGCAGUUUUAUUGACUGAGUUCUAAACGAAAAACAAGAAAUGAUGAAUUUGCAGGCAUGUUUAAUUUAUUUUGACAUUUUCUUUUUAUUCAUUUCUUACGGUUAACACAAAAUGCACGUGACUCAGCCCUGCAAAUAGUGCUCUCUCUAAGAAGAAGAAUGAACAUGCCCUUUGUUGUGUUCCCCGCUGAGAUAUCUUUGGCUCGUAAAGGUACAUGUACAUCUCCACAUCCCCCUCUGCCUGUACCCAGGAUUAGACCCUGCCCACUCCACUCACAGCAGAGUCGCAGUUCUAAUCUUUCUGUAUGGUACUGCAUUCCAAUAUGUAAUUAUUCUGAAAAAAAAUCACUUGAAAAUAAUUUAUAUCUUGCUUGAUGAAUGUAUUUUGACUGGAGUUGAGGAUAUUCAUGCAGGAAUACACUCACAAACAUCACAUCCGCAGCUCCAAUUUACAUGAUUCAGAGCAUACAGUGGAGAUUUUAGUACAUAGUAUCAUCCGUCCUUCCAUUAGUGCCCUUCAGUGCAGUUUUUUUUCUCGAACUUUUACCAGAAAGUUUCGUUACCGUCCGCAGUUUUUGGUUUGUUUGUUUUGUUUUGUUUGUUUAUGCAUGGCUUGUUCAGUUGUAUUAUGCUGUUUUGGGUAUGCACCUAACAUGGUUGAUCCGCUGUUGCAUGGAAUCUGCGUGAUGCUGUGUUUAUGUUGGUCACAUAAAAAGAGAAAAAUAUCAAGACUUUCUGAUUUUUAAUAAAGACAAACAAAAAAUAGUGUACAUACAUGCACAUCUAAGCGGACGUGGCAAUCAGUCAAGAUAUAUUUUUCUUGCAGAAAACAUUUUAUGGACUUUGGAGGUAAUGUAAAAUGUUAUCAUGUGCCAACCCACAUGUUUAUUUUAUUAACCAAAGUAAUCAUGAGAUGGCCACCCGUAUGUGUGAUGAAUAUUCAAAGAGUCACGCUUGUGUGUAUGAAGUGCUUACAGUGUACCAUACGUACAUAUUAUUAUGGUUUGUGUAUACAUUCAUGUCAGUGUUGUGUAGGUAGUGUUCGUAAUGUACCCUGUAGGUGUAAGGACGUACAGGUGUCUUAUAUUGAUGUAGUGUCGCCUGUUGACACUUUCUUUGCAGCCUCAAGGGCGUUGUGGAAACAGUAUACGUGGUCCCAUUUUGGUCAGUGUCAGAAUAUUUUUGAUUUCAAAAGAUGUGCAGACCGUAGAGAGUCCUCCAAACUUGGCGUAGUUCAAAAACUGAGAAAAAACGGACGAUUGCACAAAAGUCUACUUCCAAAUUAGAGGGCGGGUUUCCUUAAAGGCAGUGUUUAGGAUUUCCAAGAUCUCUCAAACGGAACUGUCGAUUAGUCCAAGAUCCAAGAGCCGUUCCUUCGAAGCUCCGUACCGGAGUCAGUGGUUUCUCGAACAGAUUUUCCAAUUUCGAGCCAUUUAGCUCUCAGUUUUUCCAACAACAGUAUUGCUCUCAUGCCCAAAAUAGAAGGAUAGUUACCGUAUUUGUUGAUUUAUAAAGUGUUUAUGAUGAGCACUGACGGUGUGUAGACGGUUUUUGACCGACGCUCGUGUAAAGAGCUACAUACGAUGUGUGCAGGCGUGGCAUACACAGUGUGGACCUGUGCAUAAAAGAAGUCCACAUAAUGUAGGGUAUGACAGCGUUGU